UUUUUGUGCUUUUUUUUUCUAUUAAUCUACACUAGAAACUACAAUCUCAUUGUUUGUGUUUAUUAUGAAUUUACCUAUGCAAGCAAACCUUUUGGCUAUAAAUGGAUUAUAUUCAUCUGGAAAUCAAAUUUAACAUGUAUUUUAUUCCUUUUGCAGGCUAGAGAAGCUUAUUUGAUCGGCAACAAGGCUCUAGCAAAGGAACUUGGUGAUAAGGGUAAGUGGUACAACUUGCAGAUGAAAGAAGCUCAUGCAAAGGCUAGAGAGACCAUAUAUCGUCAAAGGAAUCCUUUGUCUUCCGAGCUACAGGGCUACGGGAGAGGGCAAGAACGCCUGAUUGACCUCCAUGGCCUUCAUGUGAACGAAGCCAUACAUGUUCUAAAGCACGAGCUGACCACUCUGAGAAAUGCGGUGAGGUCAAGCGGCCAUCGCCUGCAAGUCUUCAUAUGUGUGGGAACAGGUCACCACACCAAGGGGGCAAGAACUCCUGCAAGGCUUCCUAUAGCCGUUGAGCAGUACUUAGUGGAUGAAGGACUUCAUUACACUCAAUCACAACCAGGUCUGCUUCGCGUUCUGCUUUGCUGAAGCUGAGACAAUACACAUCAUGAUAUGGCAUUAAAGAGAAAGAGAGAAAAAAAAAGGAAAAAAAAAAGAGCCGUUAGAUCACUUAGAUUUCUGUACUUGUGUAGUAUAGUGGAGGAAGAUAGAGGAAGAGUAAUCAACACCAUCUCUUGCAAUAGCAGAAGAGAAUUGUAUCAUAUCAGCAGCAGUCUUUCAGACCCACUCAUUUAACUUUUUUUAGCAGUGGUGAUCCACUGGCUUGCCUCCUGUUGGCUAUACUUUUGCACAUGAUGUAGAUUUCUGUAGCCUCGACAUUCUUUCAGAGGGUUAAUUUAGUCCUAUUUGUUUAUUUUUCCUUCUUA